CUUAUGCUCCACCUUCAACUUCAGCUUCAAUAAAAAGCAGAUCAAGCCAAUUCCUCUUUCUCUAACUGAAACCUCGCCUUGUGACUCUGUGCUUUGUGACUGACAGGUCCACCUACACAAGUCACUUUUCUCCACGGGGGCUCUUCCUGCUGAGGGUUAUCACAGUCCUCGGUCCUGACCCGAACAGAUCCGGACUCCAGGAGUUUUCUCUAACAUCCCAACCCAGAGGAAUCUUCUAAUUCCCAAGUAUAUACAUUUUCAUUCUCAGGAGAAACUUAAGCUAUAUUGAUUGGGAAGCUCUGAGCCAUUUGGAUUUUCCAGGUUAUUUUUGCAAGUGUCAAAAGUACGUGUGCUGUUUUGUUCACCAACAUUAAUCAAAAGCACCAGAAAGUGCUUUUAAACAAGUUGCUUCUUCAAAUCUUUCUAGUGUUGGGGCACGAAUGAAUAUGCGGUAUAACUAUGAGUACUUCAGCAGGUGGGUAGUUGAGAAAUAGUUGGCAUUCUACAAUAGAAAACGAUGAUCUGUAACAACAGAUGUUUAUUUUACAAGGCACAAGCAACACCUACAUACAUUCUCUAGCCACUAUGACAACAUAAAUGUUUCCAUUAUUUCAGCCAUAAAUGUAAGAUGAUGAUUUAGACCCAAAUUAAGUAGACGAUUUCCGUAUAUGUGUGAACAAACUACUGGAGACAGUAAUUAGGCAAUGAGGUGGGGGAAAGAAAGAAACCAGAGGAGCUCACGUAAAUCCCGGCUUAACUCCUCUGUGUGAAAUACACACACACAGCAUAUGCUUGGGGCAGUGGAGCCGGGAUCUAGGAUGCCUGGUUGUGGGCCCUAAUCUUCUGAGUCCCAGGGGACCCUAACCUAUUUCCUGAUUCCGUUCUUCCCGGUGGGGCCGCGGGCAGAGGCUCCCCACACGCCAAGCCACUCCUUAGUAAGGUGAGCAGACGUCCUGCUUUUGAACAAUUUGUCCCGCGGCGUUUUAAAAAAGUCCCGAUUUUUGGAAAGACUGAAGCGGGAUGUCUGGUCACCUUAUUUAGGCCGCAUUUCCAGAGCAGCAAACACUCAGACACACACCAGCUCUGGCCCCGGACCCCGAGCUGCGGUGCCCAAGCUGCCCUGCAGGAGCCCCGCUGGCAGAACUCCCGCGGGCAGAACUCGCGAGAGCGGCGCUGACCUUGGACAUCGGGGAAGCCACUCGGUUGGCGGUGGCGGAGCCACAGAGAAGCAACACUGGGCGGAGAACAAACAUGAAGAAACAUAAUCCAUCUUUGGUGGUAGAAUCUUCUUACCCAGACUUGGUCAUCAAUGUAGGAGAAGUAACUCUUGGGGAAGGAAACAGAAAGAAGCUGCAGAAAACUCAGAGAGAUCAAGAGAAGGAGAAAGUGGCCCGGGCUGCCUGUGCUUUAUUAAACUCAGGAGGAGGAGUGAUUCGGAUGGAAAUGGCUAACAGAGAUGAGCAUCCUGUGGAGAUGGGACAGGAUUUAGAAGAGUCUUUGAGAACACUUACUCAGUCUUCAGACUUCCAGGAUUUCUUUGAGACUAAGCAACACGGGAGGUGUUUUUACAUUUUUGUCAAAUCUUGGAACACUGACUUUUCCCCUGAAGAUCGUUUCAAGCCCCGAAUUUGCAGCCUGGAUUCUUCAUUACACCGUAGAUUUGCCACCAAAGUGCUUCUCAUGGAUUCAAGAGAAGCAUUUAAUUUUCUGGAAAACAAGAAAAGAAAUGCAAAAUUUUUAGGGGAAGAACCUUCUAGUAAAAUUCUCAGGGAUGCAAAUCAAAACUUCCAUGACUCGAAUCCUGCUCACCUAAUUUUCCAAAAAGACCAGCUUGAGCAUGGUGAAAUCCUGCCUUUUCCUGAGUCUCAAUACGUUGAGUUUAAACAGUUCUCUACGGAAAACGCUCUAGUCCGUAUAAAAGAGAUGGUUCCAAAGUAUAUAGCUGCAUUUGCAAAUACUAAGGGAGGUUAUCUUUUUAUUGGAGUGGAGGAUAAGAGUAGGAAGGUUUUGGGAUGUGCUGAAAAAAACAUUAAGGGUGAGGAUUUGGAAAAAGUAAUAGAAGAAGCAAUAAAUAAAUUACCUCGUGCCCAUUUUUGCCAAUCCAAAUGCCAGAUAACUUUUACAGUCAGAUUCUUGAAUGUGUUAUCCAAGGAGGAGUUGAAAAGUUAUGUGUGUGUGAUCAGAGUGGAGCCAUUCUGUGGUGCAGUGUUCUCAGAAGCCCCCAGGUCAUGGAUGGUGAAAGACGGGGAAGUCUGCUGCCUGACAACUGAGGAAUGGAUAGACAUGAUGACGGACACAGACCCAGAGCUUCAGAAUUUGUCCGAAGACUUUGAAUCUCAGCUGAGUCUGUCUAGCAGGCCUCCUCGUAGCAGCCCGGUGUACUCCAAGAAAGGCCUGGAAUACAAGGAAGAUCUCCAGCGACUUUUAUUUUCAGUAUCUUCAGUAGACUUGCAAUUUACUCCUGAAUCUCUCUUGGAGGAGCUGUGCUCAGAGUAUGAAGGCCUGGAGGAAUUAAUAAAGAAGCAAAUUCAUCCUUUCUCCCGAGGGAUUUUGAUCCUUUCCAGAAGCUGGGCUGUGGACCUGAACUUACAAGAGAAACAGGGAGUCAUUUGCGAUGCUCUGCUGGUAACACAGAACAGCCCCCCCAUUCUCUAUACCAUUCUCAGGGAGCAGGAUGCAGAUGGGCAGUUGUACUGCACCCGUACUGCCUUUACCUUGAAGCAGAAGCUGGUGAACAUGGGGUGCUACACCGGGAAGCUGUGUGUCAUGGCCAAGGUCCUCCAUCUGAGUCCUGAAAGCAAUGCAGAGUCCUUUGAAGGUUCAGACUCUCUGAUUAAGUACCCUAAGUCCUAUUACCUUGCAGACACCGAGGAAAUGGAAGCCUUGCUGCAGUCCCUUGUGAUUGUCUUGCUCAGCUUCAGGUCUUUCCUGAGUGACCAGCUUGGCUGUGAGAUUUUAAAUCUGCUCACGGUCCAACAGUAUGAGAUCAUCUCAAAAAACCUCCACAAGACCCCAGAAUUGUUUAUCCAUGGUUUACCUGGCUCAGGGAAGACUAUCGUGGCCAUGAAGAUCAUAGAGAAGAUCAAGAAUACGAUGGGUUGUGAGAUAAAUAAAAUUCUCUAUGUUUGUGAGAACCAACCUCUGAGGGACUUGACUGGUAAAAAAGGUAUCUGCCGGGCAGUGACCCGAAAAGCCUUCAUGAAAAUAAAUUCAAACUUUGAAAACAUUCAACACAUCAUCAUUGACGAAGCUCAGAAUUUCCAAACUGAAGAUGGGGACUGGUAUGAGAAGGCAAAAACCAUCACUCGGAGAGGAAAGGGUGGCCCUGGAAUUCUCUGGAUCUUUCUGGACUACUUUCAGACCAGUCACGUGUACCACAGUGGCCUCCCUGACCUUCAGGACCAGUACCCAAGAGAAGAGCUCAUCAGAAUGGUCCGCAAUGCAGAGGAAAUAGCCAACUACCUGAAAGAAAUAAUGCACAAAGUCAGAGAAAAUCCACCACCUAACAUUCCCUCCGAGUCCCUGAACAUAUUCAGUGAAGCUGAAUGGUCUCGAGGUGUUCCAGGCAACUUUAACUAUUAUAAUUAUAAGGAUAUGGAACAGUUAGUGCAUGAUAUAGAAAAACAAUGCCAUUUACUUUUGAAGGCUGGAUAUUCCUGCAAGGAUAUUGCUGUGAUUUGCAACACAGUAGAGGAUGUACAGGAAUAUAAAUCUAAGCUUGAAAGUGCACUAAGGAAGAGAAAAAGGUCUCGGUCCAGGGAGGAAUCUAAUCUGUUAGUAAUAGAAGAUGCAUCAGCGAUCACGGGCAAUCACAUUGUAUUGGACAGUGUCCGUCGAUUUUCAGGCCUGGAAAGGAACAUUGUGUUUGGGAUCAUUCCAAAAGCAGCUCAGCCAGCUUUUUCCUACAGCCUUUUGCUCUGUCUAGCUUCCAGGGCAAGGAAAUAUCUGUAUAUUUUUAUUCCCUCUGAAGAAAUGACUAAUUCUGCAUCAUUUUAAUAAUGGUCUUAAUUUUUCCUAUCAAUGAGCACAGUAUAUGCUUCCACUUAUUUGUAUCUCCCUCAAUUUCUUUCUUCAGUAUCUGAUAAUUUUCUUAUUACAGGUCUUUUACCACCUUGGCUAAAUUUACUUCUAGCUACCUUAUUUUUGUUGUUGUUGUAAUAGUAAAUGGAUUUUUUCCCCCUUACUUUCUCUUUCUUAUAGUUCAUUAUUGGUGUAUAAAAAUGAAUUUAUGAACACUAAUUCUGUAUACCACUACUUGGCCAAGUUCAUUUAUUAGAUAUAGUAGGGUUGUUUUUUUUUUUUAUAGGAUCUUUAGGAUUUUCUAUGUACAAUAUCAUAUCAUCUGCAAAUACUGUCAGUUUUACUUCCUCCUUUCCAGUUUGGAUGCCUUGCUUGAGUAAACCCAGCAGAGAUCACUCAGGCUGUCCCAGGGCAGACAACCAAUACAACUUAUAGAAUGUUUAGCUAGCCGAAACUGGUUUUGCUCCGUGGAUAGAGCAUCAGCCUGCGGACUGAAAGGUCUAGGUUCGAUUCCGGUCAAGUGUAUUUGCCUUGGUUGGAGGCACA